UUAUACACUGGCUGUAGUUUCGAAAGCCCAAAAAAAAGACCAUGUCAGAUUCAUUGCCAUCUGGCUCUCCGUCAGAUCACGAACCCGCCACCACCGCCACCAAUUCACCAGAAGAAGCCACCACCACCUCCUCCACCACAACAACCACGUCCACCCCAGAAGGUCCAUCACCACCACCUAUUCAGAUCCCUCUCUCAUGGCCUUCGAACUCUUCCGUCACUCUCGACUGGAUCCAAAACCUCAUUUCCGCCUUUGAUUGGUCUUCCAAAAACCUCCCUCCAUCUGAACUCCCUUCAGUCCUCCCUGUUUCCGUAUUUGACGCUUUAGUCCUCACUGCCUCGAAAAUUCUGCACAAAGAGCCUAAUUGUGUUAGAAUUGAUGACUGUAAUGAAAAUUCUAGAGUGGUUGUUGUAGGAGAUGUUCAUGGGCAACUUCAUGAUGUUAUGUUUUUGUUGCAAGAUGCUGGAUUUCCUUUUGAAGAUCGGUUUUUUGUGUUUAAUGGAGAUUAUGUUGAUCGAGGAGCCUGGGGCCUUGAGACUUUCUUGCUCUUGUUAGCUUGGAAGGUAUUUUUGCCACAAAGGGUAUUUCUCCUUCGCGGCAAUCAUGAAUCCAAGUAUUGUACAUCUGUGUAUGGUUUUGAGAAAGAAGUUUUGGCAAAGUAUGGUGAUAAAGGUAAGCACGUCUAUCGGAAGUGUUUGGGAUGCUUUGAAGGCCUUCCCUUGGCCUCUGUUAUAGCUGGGCGUGUAUAUACUGCUCACGGAGGACUUUUCCGCAGUGUGUCCAUCACCCCAUCAAAGAGAUCAAAGGGAAAGAAAAAUCGGAGGAUAAUUUUAAAUUCUGAAACCAAACCAUUAUGUCUUGGUUCUUUGGAGGAGUUAUCCAAAGCUCGAAGAUCGGUUCUUGACCCUCCAUGGGAAGGUCAGAACUUAAUUCCUGGAGAUGUGUUAUGGUCAGAUCCAACAAUGAAAUCUGGACUUUCACCAAAUACAGAGAGAGGCAUUGGUUUGUUAUGGGGACCUGAUUGUACUGAAGAUUUUUUAAAGAAGUUCGAACUGAAGCUAAUCAUCAGAUCACAUGAAGGGCCCGAUGCAAGGGAAAAGAGGCCCGGUCUGGGAGGAAUGGAUGAAGGGUACACCAUAGAUCAUGUUGUACCGUCAGGAAAGCUUAUUACUCUCUUUAGUGCUCCAGACUACCCACAAUUUCAGGCAACCGAGGAUAGAUACAAGAAUAAAGGAGCAUAUAUUGUCCUAAAACCCCCCUGUUUUGACGAUCCCGAGUUCCAUAGUUUUGAAGCAAUUACUCCAAGACCAGCGGUGAAUGCUUAUUAUGAUUACAAAGAUGUGAUCGACUCUGAUGAAGAAUUAGACUUGGCAUCAAUGGUGACCUCAACUUAAUGGUGGCUAUAGUGUUUUUUUUUUUUCAAUGUAGGAAAUCUGAUAAUUUGGAGCUACAAGUAUUUUCUCCAUGAUUUUGCCGUCUCUAUUAUUUAUUACUUAAUUGUUAAAAAAAAAUAUUAUUUAUUGCUACAGAGGAAUCUCCUGUUGGUGCCCUUUACACCUGUAUAAAAUUGUAUGUAACCUCAAACAGAGUGGUUAUAGUGGUUUUUUGUUGCAUAAUUGUAGUCCAUUUCUUGUUUU